AUGAUGAACUCUUCCGGUGCCCAGCCCACUAGUGCUGUUCCCUUCGAACGCCAUCCGACACUCUAUUUCAAAAGCGGGGACAUCGUCCUUUCCGCACCGACUGUCUCAGAAAAAGUCUCGGGACAACUAUUUCGCGUGCAUCGCUUUAUGCUUGCGCACCAUUCACCCGUGUUUGCAGACAUGUUCGAUGUGCCGCCUCCGCCAGAUGAAGAAGGAUACGACGGAGUGCCGCUCGUCCAAAUGGCUGACGCCGCCGAGGAUUUUGCGAGCCUCCUAAGUGUUUUGUACAACCCAUCUGAGCUUCCCUACAAACGGCUCGAUCCAAAUACGCCUGCCCUCAUCACCGGCAUGCUGCGCCUAACGGCUAAAUACCAGCUCGAUGACCUGCACGCCCGCCUCCUCGAUCACUUUUCGGCAGAUUGGCCGUGCACCGUCGACGCCUGGGAGCAGGUCGAGGCCGAGAUCGCCGCCGCGCAGCGCGCACGCCAGAACUGCAUCCUCAAUCUCGGUCAGGUCAACCUUCCUUUCAUCGAUGACUGCUUUCCCGAGCCUGCCCUCGCCAUCCGUCUCGCAUGCGAUUUCGGCUGCCCCGCUAUCCUUCCUACUGCAUUCUACCGUAUAGCCCGCACGCCCGCCACCCUCGACUGGGAUGCAUGUCGCGCAGAGGGCGCCGACCGCAAAGUUCUUGCCCGCGGCGCCAUGACCGUCCGCUGGGCGUUGCUCACGCAUGAUGACUCCAUGCGCGUCAUGCGCGGCCGCGAAUACCUCCAAGACGAGAUCGACAGGAUCCGCAAGGAGAUGCUCGGUGUUCCGAUGUCGCAAAAGACGGCCGACGGAUGUUCGCACCGUGAUAUGUGCUACCGCGUGCGCUCUUCCAUACGCGACCAUGUUUUAGGCAAGGAGGACAGGUACGACCCGAUCAGUGCGCUGAAAAAGUGCAUGGAGAAUACGGAGACACGCGACCACAGCACGGGAGACAUUCGUGAUUCGCUCUGUGGGAGUUGCCACCUGCAGAUGGAGACGACUGUCUAUGACUGGAAGAUUGACUUUUGGCAACGGCUGCCUAGUAUGUUCCGUUUGUAG